AUGGAUGAACCCAAAGGCUUCACUCCUGAUGUACCAUCUCAGGAUCCCAAUCCCACCCAGCUCGGGGUGGAGGGCGGUUCUCUACACAAACUCCUGCGGUCCAAGGAAUAUGAUCUCUUCUCCCAUUCUGCUGUCUUUGAAAGCGAUUUCAUCCAGGUGACCAGACGGGGGAAUCUAGUGGACAUCCACAAUGUGCCGACUCCCCUGACACUGGGUAUAACAGCCUCUGUGCCCUUCCUCCCCCUCCCGAACAUUCUCAUCGUCGCCACCAAAGACCCCGAGUCUGAGGAGACGGCUGAUGAAGCUCCCAGCAUGAAGAUCACCAGGAUGCUGCCAAUGAAGCUGGUCAGGCUGAGUGUCCACAAGAAGAGCAGCCGGUGUUUGAAGUUGGGUUUGGCCAACAGGAGCACAUUCUACCUCCAGUUGCAGGACAAGCACCCCAACCAUGUGUUCCGCCUGUGGGAGGAGCUCAUCAACAUCAUCUACUCUGGUCUCUCCAUCACCUUCAAAGACACGGACAUCAACCUGCCCAAAACCUCCAUGUGUGACUCAGUGAGCUCCUCAUCCUCGGGGGUCAGCUCUGAAAAAGGAACUCACGAGGGGCCAGAGCUGAGGAGCUCCUACCUGAGCAGCGAGCAGGCCAGAGCCAAGCAGCAGCCCAAUGGGUCAUCCAAAGAAGAUGAGGAGUCUCUGGACAAAGGGUCUCGGGCCUUGGGGCAGGUCCUCGGGAAGAGCGGAGUUUCCACUGAAGUCCCACCAGGGACAUCCAGGGCUUUACAUCCAUCUCUAGUCAAGGGCAGCGUCCAUAUCUUCAAGAAAGAGUGGGUUCCAGACAGCACCGAUCUCCAAAAGGCACGAACCAGACCUGAGCGACUGUUAAAUGUGAAGGAAGAAAAUAGUCCAGUCAAAGCCUAUGAGUCAAGAGACCCAGAGAGAACCUACUUCGGUCUAUGGGAGCGCGAUAGACCCACACUCAUGCCUCUCUCCAGGCUCAGUAGCCUCGUGGCUGUGGGACUCCGAUGA